AUGAACGAUCCAUCGUUCAAGGACAAGCGCGUCGAGUAUGUUGUGGCGUUUGGCGAACUGAUGGGUCAAGGAAAGAUCCCCAACUGGAUUGACGAGACCAAACUUCAACUUGUUCACUUGCCGCACGAAGGCACGGUCCCGACGUGGGACCGCUGUCGUUGUCCGCGGCGGGACGCAAAAGGGGAAGAAUCUCCCAACGUGGGGCGUACAAGCACCAAGACGCAAACCUUUGGCUGCGUGAAAUGUUGCGUGCGGCGUCUCAACACUUUGGACGACUCGACGACAUUGUCGUUAUUGCAGACAAUGCUCCUUGUCACUCCAGAGUUCAAGUCGCAUGUGGUGACCCUUUUGCGUGAACGCCUUGCUGCCUUCAUGGGGCCUCCCCCAGACGGACUCACCUGGGAAGAAUUCCGAAUGCAGUAA